GAUACCAUCUGAAUCACAAGAAAAAAGUGUAUAUAUUAUAUUUUUAAAAAAUACUGAUAAUGCGCGCGGAGAUAAAAGGAGGGGAUAUAAUUUUUUUUGCGUUCUAAAUAUGUAGGUAUUUAAUAAGAUAAAAUUCUUAGUACCUAGCUUUUAUUAGCAAUUCUUAUUAAUGUAAUUUUAUGAACAUAACAAUUUAAUUAAUCGACCAAAAUAGUCAAAAAGAAUACUCUUAAAAAAAUUACGGUUGGCAACCCUACAUGUGAUUGAUAAACCACGAUAAACUCAGGUUUUGAUUUUUGCUUUAUAACUGAAUAUGCGUUUGAUUAUAUAUUUCAUUGUGUAAAUGCAGGAAAUAUAACGCAAGGUUGGAUUCUAACAACUAAACUUUUAGCACUUUUUAGCCUCUUCUUUUCUCUCCAAAGUUACAACUGUUGUUAGAUUGAGCAAGUGGUAUUACCGGUUUAUGACUUCACGACAUACCAAAAUAAUAUACCGUUGUUGAUAUCGGUUAAAUAACAAAUAGUGAAUCUACAAGAUAAAAAAUUAACAUUAUGAGUUUAUGCUGGAAAAUAUUUUGGGGUAUAAAACAAAGAUCGCAGAUACCAUCACUCUCUUUGCAAGUGAUAGUAAGAAAUUUUAACACCUGCCAGGAACGUCGUACAGAAAAAAAAUAUGGAUCUACUAAGGAUGUGAAAAAUCCUACAAUAUUAUACACAACCUGUAUUGCUGUUGCUGCAUCAGUUUUAGGUAUAUCUUACUACACUCUAAAAUACAAAAGAAAUGUUUAUGCUCUCAGUGCAACGGAAAAUAUAAAAUGUGGUCAAUUGCGAAAGGACAUGAAGACUUACACCCUAGAAGAAGUAGGAAAACAUGAUAGUAAAGAGAGAGGAAUUUGGGUUACUUUUGGACACGGUGUAUAUGAUAUAACAAAAUUUGUUGAUAAGCAUCCAGGUGGUUCCUCAAAAAUUAUGAUGGCUGCUGGAGGAUCCAUGGAUCCAUUUUGGAUGAUAUUUGCAAAUCAUAAUACACCAGAAAUAUAUUCCUUGCUAGAAUCUAUGAGAAUUGGAAAUAUAUCAGAAGAAGAUGCCAAAUCUAAUAAAAGCGAUCUAUAUGAUCCAUAUGCAAAUGAGCCUACUAGGCAUAAGGCUUUGAAAAUCAAUGGCAAUAAACCCUUCUGUGCAGAACCAUCAUCUUCAUUAUUAGUCGAGAGUUUCCUUACACCUGUGCCAUUUUUUUAUGUGAGAAAUCAUUUACCCGUACCUGAGUUAGAAUUAAAAAAUUAUACAUUAGAAUUGGCUAUGGAAGGGACAACCAAAAAGACACUUGACUUCAAGACACUAAAAAAAUAUAAAAAGAUGACAAUAACUGCAGCUGUAAUGUGCGGUGGAAAUAGACGUUCGGAAAUGUCAAAGGUAAAGCAACUGAAAGGUAUUAACUGGAACGUGGGCGCUGUUGGCAAUGCAACAUGGACAGGUGCACGAUUGUGCGACGUAUUAAAAGAUUUAGGUGUCGACGAAAAUGCGUUUAAUCAUGUUCAGUUCGAAGGAUACGAUUUAGAUCCAUCUGGUAUGCCAUAUGGAGCAAGUAUUCCGAUUUCCAAAGCUAUGGACCCUAGAGCUGAUGUGAUCUUAGCUUAUGAAAUGAAUGGUGAACCAUUGAGCAAAGAUCACGGGUUUCCAGUUCGUUUAAUCGUUCCUGGUGUUGUGGGUGCAAGAAAUGUGAAAUGGCUGAGUAAAAUUAAUAUAUCAAAGGAGGAGAGUCAGUCUCAGUGGCAACAGGGCGACUACAAGGGGUUUUCUCCUAGCACAACUUGGGACAAUGUAGACUUCAGUAAAUCGCCCGCAAUACAAGAAAUGCCUGUAGUAUCAGCGAUAUGCGAGCCACAAGAUUCAGAUACAAUCAAAAUCAAUAAUGGAAAAAUUCAAGUAAAAGGUUACGCAUGGUCUGGUGGUGGUCGAAAAAUAAUUCGUGUCGAUGUUACAAAUGAUAAAGGUAAAACUUGGCAUACAGCAGAUCUGAUGGAAGAUCUUCAAGCAAAAGAAGGUCGGUACUGGAGUUGGUCAUUAUGGAACGUGGAACUUCCUGUGGAUAAAAAAUUGAAAGAAGUUGAAAUUUGGGCGAAAGCUGUUGACUCAUCAUAUAAUGUACAACCAGAAAGUUUCAGUAACAUUUACAACAUUCGAGGAUUGCUCUGCAACGCAUAUCAUAAAAUUAAAGUACAA